GAGCCGCCGAUCGAUCCCGGCGCGGUGCCGGAGCCAGCGGCAGCUCCUUCCCAGCCGGGGAGCGGCCGGCGCGGGGACAGCGGGAGCUGCCGCUGCUGCCCGGAAGGGCUCUGGGAGGGGAAUCGGCGCCGAGGGAGGGGAGCCAUCGGCAGGAGAACAGGCUGGGAAUACCCGCGGCACCGGGAAUCCAUCCCAGGGCUCAGCCCCCACGGUACAGCCGCACCUGCGGCUCUCAGCACGGCGUGGGUUUUCAAGGGGAUAUUUGAGAUCGGGGCGAUUUGGGGCCGUGUUCCCUUGGCAGAUGCUGCUGUGCCGUCCCGCCGAGCUGCUGGGCACCGCCUGGGUGCUCCUCGCAGGGCUGCUGGUGCCGUUCCCUCCGGCUCUGGAGGCAGCGGAACCUCCCCAGCAGAGAGCCACGGCUGCGGUGGGAUCCUCCGUGCUGCUCCCUGGGCUGGACAACGUCACCCACAGCGAUUCCAUGCAGUGGGAAUUCCGCAGUGGCAGCAGCUCCCACACCAUCCUGCAGCACCGUGGCGGGGCUCACCCCCCCGCCAUCCACGCCCCCUACGCAGGACGAGCCGCUUUCCAUCCAUCCAAUGGAUCACUCACGCUGGAGGAUGUCCAGGAAAGCGACAGUGGCACCUACAGAGUGACUGUCAGCACAGGAGACAGGAAGAGCCGGGAAAUCCAGCUGGAAGUCCUCCGGUCCGUGUCCCGCCCUCAGCUCUGGACCAGCGCUCUCCUGGCUCGGGCCACUGGCAAGAUUGUCUGUGAGGUGGCAGAGGGCAGAGUGGACAACAUCACCUGGAAGAAGGAUGGGCAGCCACUUCCCCCAGCCAGAGUUUCCCGGCUCUCCAGCAGCCGCAGCGUUCUGUACCUGAGGCCAGCCCAGAGGUUGGACUGCGGCUCCUACUCCUGCAACGCCAGCAACGGGAUAAGCUGGCAGGAGAGCUCCCUGAACGUCACCAUUGAAGGUCUCUCCCGUCUCCUGAAGGACACCCUGAGGAUUGCGGUGGUCGCUGUGGUCUUCGCUGUUGUCUCGGCCUGGGGAUUAAUUAUUCCCGUUUGCCAGUCCGAAAAGCUCAGGAUAAGGGGGGAGCUCUGGAGGUGGCUCAGCUCCUACACCUGCGGGUUGGUGUGCAUCGCCUGCAUCCUGGAUGGCACCGCCGGCAUCCUCUGGAUGUGGCAGGAAGGCCCUUCUGUUGCUGUCAUCCUGCCCGAGAUCGCCUUGAGCUACCUCACCGUGGUCACCUUCCUAGUGGCCACCACCGUCAUUUUCCAGCCCACGGAUUUCAACCAUCUGAAGAGCAAAAAGGCACAGCGCACCAUGGGCUACGCCGCGCCGGGGGCCGUGGUGACCGUGGUGCUGACCACCACCUUCCUCAUCAAGAACAUCUACCACCGCCACGAAGAAGGAUGCGCCGAGUUCAUGAACGUGACCAUCCUGGUGGUCAGCACGGCGGCCGUGUCGGCCCUCCCGCUCCUCGCCAUCGGCCUCUGCUAUCACACCACGCAGGGCUGGCGGAAGGACCGUGACGUCUGUUGGACGGACAAAGUCAGCUCCUUCGAAAUGUCCCAGCCAGGCACCAAGGACCCCGUUCCCAGCUGAUCCAUCGGGCUGGUUCUCCCUUAGCUGAGCCAGCCCAAGCCUUUCCCCAGGUUGAGUGGGCUCAGGGCUCUCAGUUUUGGUUCCUCUAUGAUCCUUGUAAUAAAUGUCCAUGAAAUUAACCUGA